AGAGGCUCCAGUCGAAACGGAAACCUCGGAAGCCUCGGAAACCGAGACUCCAGUCGAGAGUAAUGGCGCCCCGGACCCGAAGGAAAACUCCGCCGUGGUCUUCUCCCUGCGCAACCAAGUCGGGGGCUUGGUCAGGGCUCUGAGAGUGUUCAAGGAAAAGAAUGUCAACGUGCUGCACAUCGAGUCCCGCAAGUCUCGCGUCAACCCGGCGCAGCACGAGAUCUUCGUGGGCGUCGACUGCGACCAGGGCACCAUGGACGACGUGGUGCACGCGCUCCAACACGAGGUGGAAUGCAUCCAGCUGAAGGAGUACUACUCCUCCAAGGGUCAGCUGCUGCGGCAGCAGGACGGCUCGCGCGAGGGCUGCUGCGACACCCCGACACCGUCGCCACCUGCCGCCGGAAGCCUUUUUCUCGCAGAAUUUGCCGGUAUGCCAUGGUUCCCGCGCAAGAUUUCCGACUUGGACAAGACUUCCAACAAGGUGCUCAUGUACGGUGCGGAAUUAGACGCCGACCAUCCGGGCUUCAAGGACCCGGAUUACAGGCAGAGACGGAUGUUUUUUGCGGAUGUUGCGAUGCAAUACAAGUAUGGCUCGCCGAUCCCACGGGUGGAGUACACCGUCGAAGAGCGUACCACGUGGGGACGCGUAUUCCGGGAGCUCAGUCAACUGUACACGACCCACGCCUGCUCCGAGUUCCUGGAGAACUUUCGCCUACUCAUAAAAUACUGCGGUUACAGAGAGGACAACGUACCACAGCUGGACGAUGUCAGUCAGUAUCUGAAGUAUAGAACGGGGUUUCAGUUGAGACCCGUGGCUGGUUACCUGUCGGCCCGAGAUUUUCUGGCGGGCCUCGCGUUUCGCGUGUUUCAUUGUACACAGUACUUACGCCACGGCUCAGAUCCAUUCUACACACCGGAGCCGGAUUGCUGCCACGAGCUUCUGGGUCACUGCCCUAUGCUGGCCGAUGCGAACUUCGCGCAGUUCUCACAAGAAAUUGGACUCGCUUCCCUAGGUGCUUCAGACGAUGAGAUCGACAAGCUCGCUACGUGUUACUUUUUUACGGUGGAGUUCGGAUUGUGCAAGCAAAACGGUGAAAUGAAGGUGUACGGAGCUGGUCUGCUUUCUUCAGCGGCAGAGUUACGCCACGCCCUUACGGAAAAAGCAAACGUGCUGCCGUUUGACCCGGCCAUAACGAUCGAGACUGAGCCGAUCAUCACGGCUUUCCAGAACGUCUAUUUCUACACGGACAGUUUCAACGAAGCGAAGCUGCAAAUGAGGGAGUUCGCCAAGACCAUCAAGCGCCCCUUUGGCUUGCGCUACAACCCGUACACCCAGACCGUGGACGUCCUCACCAACACCCGCAAGAUUGCCAACAUAGUCAGCGAACUGAAGGGAGACCUUUGCAUCGUCACCAAUGCCCUGAGCAAAUUAAGGGUGUCUGACACGGAAAAUCCCAACCGCUAA